GUAUUCUGGACAACAGCGCCCUCAUACAGCCCGUAUUCUGGACAGAGAAAGCCCGUUUCCUGGACAGAUUUCGCCACACCUGCUGUAUAAAUACGGAGUGACAGAAUUGAAGUAGCGACCGAAAUGAUCCAAGGACCUCAUUUAUGAAAUAAACAGAAACAGAGGAUAAAAUGGAGACGGUAUUGCAGCGUAUUCGAGAUGCAGAAGUUGAGUUUAUACGUUUUGAAGUAACUGACAUGUUCGGUAACUCUCGAAUGAAAGUGAUUAAUGCUAACAAUUUUAAGAGUAAGGCAAAAACGGGCAUUGAAUUCAACAGUUGUUAUUUAGGAGAGGAUUCGAUGUUUAAACACAAACAUUCAUCAAUCAGCCUAGAUUCCGAAUAUAAUGAUUUAGUUCUGAUUCCAGAUUUGGAUACGUUCGAAAUACUUCCAUGGUGGGACAAUACGGCAAGAAUCCUUGUAGAGCCAGUACUAGAUGGUAUGGAAUAUACUGCUGCUCCUCGAUUUAUAGCAAGAAAACAACUGGAAGAACUUGGAGAAAUGGGUUACAGCUUAUACUCAGCCCACGAGUACGAGUUUUAUGCCUUCAAAAAAGAUACUAUGGAACCGAUAGUUGGAGAUAUUAACUGCAGAUCAACUCUCAGAUUUUACAAAAGUGCGGAGUUUCUACACCAACUUGGACGAGAUUUACCAAAAGUGGGAGUCGAUAUAGAAUGCUUAGAAACUGAACAUGGACCUGGACAAAUUGAAAUCACAUAUAAGCCGUCAUUUGGAAUAAAAGCUGCAGAUAAUGCAUUCACGUUCAAAAACGCUGUGAAAGAGAUCGCCAAACAACACAGCUUGAUAGCUUCAUUCAUGAGCAAACCCUAUCCAAAUUCAAGUGGAUCAUCGUGUCAUUUCAAUCACUCUUUGUGGGAUGCUGAUGGUAAAGUUCAACUAACACAUGAUUCAGAGUCACCCGACAAAUUGUCUGAUAUUGCUAAACACUGGCUCGCUGGUCUUUUACAUCACGCACCGGCAAUGAGCUUGAUAAUGGGUCCCACUAUUAACUGCAGAAAACGAUUUGUACCACGUAAGACUGUUCCAUUGUUUGCGACUUGGGGAUUUGACAACCGCACCGCGGCAAUGCGUGUAAAAACUAAUAAUGGAUUUUACGUUGAAAAUCGUUUGGGAUGUUCAGGAACAAAUCCAUAUUUAGCACUUGCUGCUACAGUAGCCGCUGGAAUGGAUGGCAUCAAGCAAAAGCUUCCACUUUCUCCUAGCGUCACCGGAUGUGCAUAUACUCUUACUGAUAUUCCUGAAAACAGUCUGAUAUUGCCAACAACUUUACAAGAAGCGAUCAACGCCUUUCUGGAAGACAAGGUCAUCAGAAGUGCAUUUGGAGAAGAUUUUGUCAAAGCAUUUAUGAGCAUCAAGAAUUCUGAGAUAAUGGACGCAAAAGAAGCAGAAGAUACAGGAAACUUGACAUGGGAAUGGGACACAUACUUAGAAUACGUUUAAAUAUAUAUAUAUAUUUUUUUUAUUGGCACAGAAAAAUUAAAGGUGACCAUGGUGGGACCAGGAUGGGGUGUGGUAUAUAGGAUGCGUAAUAAUAUUUGUGUGUGGGAAACAAUAUUAUGAGGUUUGCCAUCCCAAAACCAACAUCAGUAAACAAAAAAUGGCAAGCCACGUAUAAACCUAUUAAAGUAAGAAUAAAUGGUCAAGUAGAGACAAAAUUUCUCAUAAAGUGUUUAUAAAGGACAAUGGUCCAUUAAAUUUGUUGAUCCUGCUUUUUGGCAGUUUUAAAUGGUUUAAAUAUAAAUAUUUCCAACCCUUUCUUUUCAUAGGUUAUAGGCAUCAGCACCUUUUUUCAAAACGAAAACUAAUUUCUUAUUUAGAUAGUAGUUACAAGCAUAAGGUUAAAAAAGCUCUCGUUUAGAUUUCAGAUACGACAUGAUUUAACAUAGGCCUACUUAACAAAUUUCAAUUAAAUAACAAUUUGUUCAAUAUGUUCACUACCGCUGGUUUGUUAGCAAGGCCCAUGUUUUUAAAGUAAAGUACGGUCCAACAUAUCCACAAAUACUUUUCUUUUGGCUUGUUGUUAUUGAUUGUGAUUAUUUUAUUUUAUUUUUUUUUAUUUAUUUUUUUUAUUAUUCAACAUACCUCAUAAGGCAAUCUCAAGCCUUAGUAACGAGGUACCUCUGAAAGCAAUACAAAUAACAUAUACAAGGGCACUUGGCACAAAAAGGAAAAGUUGAAAUUUAAUAAAAAUACACUGUCUGACAAAUAAAACUUCAAUCUAAACCUGAUGAUCGAGCUCUUUGAAUAGAAUGAAACUAGUCAACAAAAAAUUCACAAUAAACAUUAAGUUUAUUAUCAUUACAUUUAAAGGUCAAUAUAUAGAACAAUAAUUUGAAGAAAUUUUUAGAUUAUUACAGACAGUGCAUUUUUUAAUGGAUAACAACGAUUCAAUACGUGUGAUUAUAAUUAACUAUUACUUGAAAAUUAGUACAUAACUUUCACCUAAAGAUGCAAGUGCACUAUGUGCACAUAAGCUUAUGUCAUAAUAAAUGAACACAUUAAAAAA